AUGGACCACCUGUGGAUUUUGCUCGUUAUCUCGGUUGGCAUCUCGCUUGGGAGCGGAUCUCCCUCAAGUCCGAGUUCCCAUGUGAGAUUUGGCGCACAGGACAGUAACCGGUCUCAGACCGAAACCCAGCCGGCGCUUCUUGCUUCAGUCGGACAGGGAGACACCAGGGACAGUGGGGACAGAGCCGGUCGAGUCCAGAGACAAGCUGGCAGAAGCGCCCUGGUUCAGAGGACUCGAACCAUCAGCAGACCCAUCAGCGGCAGCGCACCCUCCAGUACCAAGCGCUUAACUGGGCCACAUGUGUGUGGGGGUCAGUGCUGUUCAGGAUGGGCCAUCGCACCUGGAACCAACCGUUGCAUCAAACCGAACUGCCAACCCCCAUGUGAGAACCGUGGCUCGUGCAGUCGCCCCCACACCUGCGUAUGCCGUUCUGGCUUUCAGGGAGCCCGCUGUGAGGAGGUAACGCCUGAGCAGGUCUACAUCCGAACUGGCACAUCCAGAGUUUUAACACCUUAUCAGCCUGGCACUGACUCCAGCCAGCACCAGCCAGCUCGCAGGAGACCUACCGAGAGACAGGCAAUCGACACCAUUCCUAAAACCCAAACACCCAAACCUCCAACCAGCAGGGCACCACAUUCAACCGGAACCCAGGUAAAACGGGGUUCUCCUGAUACCACAUCACAGCACACCGGAACAUCCAGAACCGUCAAACGUUACCCUUCAUCUACCGCACCAAUAACCUCAAACGCUCUGCCCAAUGGACCUGGACACAGCCAUGGGCACCCACAUUAUCAGCACACCCCUGACUCCAAUGAUCAGACUCAUGCCUCUCAGAGCAAUGGCAUGGCCCCAACAGGAGCAAACCUGACGGCUAACGUGGACCGAAUCAAGAUCAUAUUUACACCCAUGGUGUGUAAGAGGAUCUGCCAUGGAGGGCAAUGCUACAACAGCUGUGAGCGUGGUGAUAAGACCACAGUGUACACCGAGAGCCAAGGACCACCUAUCAAGAGCCAGGGCUUCAGACUCUUCUUUUGUCAGAUUCCGUGUCUGAACGGAGGACGGUGUAUUGGACAAAACGAGUGCUGGUGUCCAUCAAACUCUACCGGGAAGUUCUGUCACCUUCCGGCUCCUCCCCCCAGCAGACCCGUGUCCAGUCGAGACACCAACAGCAAUAAAGAACAGAUGGGAUCCUCACACACGGUCUACACUCUGCCUCUGUCCAAUCAACAACUCUCCAUGCUGCCCUCACUGGUCAAGGUGCAUGUUCAGCACCCCCCAGAAGCUCAUGUACAGAUCCACCAGGUCGCCAUGGUCAAACCAGGCCAAUCUGCUGAACCUGGACACUCGGUGCAGCAACGUUCACAACCUGGCAAUGGUCACACCAGUCUAAACGGAAAUGGAAACGGGCAGAAUAAUGUGCAAGUCACAGUGCAGAACAAUGGACAGAGCAACUACAGGCCACAUGACAGGCAACAUGGACUCGUAGGAAGGUGUUUCCAGGAAACGGUCGAUGGAAAGUGCGGGAAGCCUCUACCGGGCCUGACCAAGCAGGAGGACUGCUGUGGAAGUGUGGGAGCUUCAUGGGGUUUGAACAAAUGCACCCAGUGCCCCAGCAAACCAGCUUAUGCAGUGAUUGCCAACGGCCGAGUAGAAUGUCCUAAAGGCUUUAAGAGAAUGAAUUCAACUCAUUGUCAAGAUAUCAACGAGUGUUUGAUGCAGGGGAUCUGUAAGCACGCUGAGUGUCUGAAUACUAGAGGAAGUUACCGGUGCACAUGUAAGCCUGGAUACAUGCUGGACCCGGCACGUAGCCACUGUGUCUCGGAUAAAGCAGUCUCCAUGGAGAAAGGCUCAUGCUACCGCUCCGUUUUGGCGGGAUCUUGUAGCCAUCCUCUGUCCCAGAAAAUCACCAAGCAGAUCUGCUGCUGCAGCGGCGUGGGAAGAGCCUGGGGCCCGGCAUGUGAGAGGUGCCCUGUAAGAGACUCAGACCACUUUAAAGAAAUCUGUCCAGCGGGGCCUGGCUACACCUACUCCCACUCAGAUAUCAAGAUCACAAUGCGUGAGAUGGACGAAGAUGAGCUUACCGCCGUUGAAUCUUCCCUUCCUCAGUUCCCCACAUAUCCUGAAGCUCCUCGAACCAUUCCAGAUACUCCUUAUCACGGACCACAAGCACCCACUUAUCCUAGGAAUCCCUAUAACAAACCCUUCGUACCCUCUUACCCCCAAGCUCCUGUCCAGCCUGAAGAAACACUGAAUGUGCCGUUUUUUACAGAUUCACCACAUUUAUACCCAGAUGUGGUUGAGGUGACACCUCAGCCUCCCACCCACCUUAAACCAGAUUCUGAGGAUCAAGACAAAGCACCCAUCGAUGUUGCCACUCAAGUUACAGACAUUGACAAGUGUACAGCGACUCCGAGGAUCUGUGGUCCAGGCCAGUGUGUGUCGGUUCAGUCUGGCUACACCUGCUAUUGUGACCCUGGCUACACACUCAAUGCUCUGCAGACAAACUGCAUUGACAUCAACGAAUGUGAAAAUGACCCAUGUGGAGGGAAGGGCCGCUGUGUGAACGCCUUGGGCUCGUACACUUGCCAGUGCUUCCCUGGAUUCAGUUUGGUCAUGACUCAAAACAGCAAGUCUUGUCAAGACGUAAAUGAGUGUGCACUGCCUAAUACAUGUCCCAAUGGUGUCUGUGUCAACACUGAUGGAUCCUUCAGAUGUGAAUGCAAGAAUGGAUUUACCAAAAACCAGAGAGGCCAGUGUGAAGAUGUUGACGAGUGCAGGAGACCCGGUGUCUGCCCCAGUGGUAAAUGUGUGAACACACAGGGCUCCUUCCAGUGCCAAGCAUGUGGUGCAGGAUUCAGGCCUGAGGCUGGGAGAUGUCUGGAUGUUAAUGAAUGUCAGAUGCCUGGCAGGUGUACCAAUGGUAAUUGUGUCAACACAGAAGGUUCUUUUACUUGUACCUGUAACCCUGGAUACCAAAAAACUCCUGACAACAACAACUGCCAAGAUGUGAAUGAGUGCCUGCUCCCUGGUGUGUGUACUCAUGGUACAUGUGUUAAUAUCCCGGGCUCAUACAGGUGCAACUGUAACACCGGUUACCAAAGCAGCCCUGACAGCAGAGCUUGUGUGGAUGAAGAUGAAUGUGCUGAGCCCAGUCUCUGUGUGGGAGGUGUGUGUAUUAAUACUAUUGGCUCGUUCACCUGCACCCACUGUGAGAGUGGAUACACCCUCUCUGAGGAUAGACAGAGCUGUGAGGAUGUUGAUGAGUGCCUCAGCCUGUCCUUGUGCCCGAAUGGCAUCUGUCUGAACUCACAGGGCUCGUUCCACUGUGAAGACUGUCCUACUGGAUUCACUGUUUCAGCAGAUGGAGAACUUUGUGAAGAUAUAGAUGAAUGCCAGUCUCCUGGAGUGUGCCCAACGGGUGUGUGUACAAACACAGAGGGCUCAUAUUCAUGCAUAACCUGUGAUUCUGGCUACAGGCCCUCCUCUGACCAUCACACAUGUGAAGAUAUUGACGAAUGUGAAGACCGGGCAGCCUGUCUGAACGGGCAGUGUACGAACACGGCCGGAUCCUACCACUGUGUCUGUCCAGCAGGAUUUGAGCUAGUGGAUGCAGUUUGUCGAGAUGUGAACGAGUGUCUGUCCAUGGAUGUGUGUGUAAUCGGAGAAUGUCUGAAUACGGAGGGUUCCUUCCUGUGUAUCUGUCCUGUUGGUUAUGCUCAAGGCCAGUCUGAAAUGUUCUGCCAGGAUGUGGACGAGUGUGCUGAAGAAAGAACUUGUUUCAAUGGUCAGUGUUUAAACACGGAUGGCUCUUAUGACUGUGUGUGUAGGACUGGAUACAGAUUCUCUGCUAGCUCCAAAGAUUGUGAAGAUCUGGAUGAGUGUAAGGAAUAUAGUGAUGUGUGUGGGACAUGGGCCUGUGAGAACACAAUGGGUUCAUACCGCUGUGUCAGGAACUUCCAGGAACUACCAAGCUCCCUGGAUGAGGACAGCAAAGAAACAGAUAUGGACGAGUGCGAGAUGAUAUGUGGGAAGCAUGCCUUCUGUGAGAACACAAACGGGUCUUAUACUUGUCAUUGCGACCAAGGAUACACCAUCCCGCCCGACGGACAAGGCUGCGUUGAUAUGAAUGAGUGUGAGAACAGUAGGGAGUUAUGUGGUGAGGCUAUGUGCGAGAACGUGGAGGGGACCUUCCUGUGCCUCUGCCACAAUGACAAUGAGGAAUUCGACCCAGCUACUUUCCAGUGCGUUCCCCGACGAAUGGACAUAGCAGAGGCCUCUGAAAAAGCAGAGAGAAAGGAGUGCUACUACAACCUGAACGACGCCAACCUGUGUGAAAACGUGCUGUCCCGCAACAUCACCAAGCAGGAAUGCUGCUGCACCGUGGGAGCCGGCUGGGGAGACAACUGCGAGAUCCACCCGUGCCCUAUAAAAGGACAAGCGGAGUAUGACUGGCUCUGUCCACAUGGUACUGGCAUUAUCUCUACCACAAUUCGAGGGUUCAGUGAGCUCAAAGAUGCAGACGAGUGUGAGAUGUUUGGGGCAGAAUUCUGUAAAGAUGGCUUUUGUUUAAACACCUAUUCCUCGUACUCCUGCUUCUGUCGCAGUGGCUAUUACUAUGACAACACCCGUAUGCAGUGUAUCGAUUACGAUGAAUGUAAAGAGGAAAGUCAGUGUGAAAAUGGAGAGUGUGUGAACACACCUGGUUCCUUUAACUGCUUCUGUAGUCCUCCACUGAUCCUGGACCAAACACUACGUCGUUGCAUCUCCGCCAACAGCACGGAGGUUACUCAUGAGUUAGGUGAGGACGAUAUUCAUACAGACAUCUGCUGGGAGGAUUUGAAAGCUGAUACCACAUGCACUAAACCUUUGUAUGGUUUGUUGACCACCUUCACCGAGUGCUGCUGUCUCUAUGGUCUCGCCUGGGGAUCACAGUGUGCCCUCUGCCCCAGUAAAUCCUCUGAACAUUUUGCCAUGUUAUGUAACCUGCCUCAGAGAGGCUCAGACAGCCUGAGAGAGCGACCAGGAUUCGAAUACGGACCUGACGCCAAUUCUGAAGGAUCCUAUUUGCCACCGUACUUCGAUAACUAUGGUGAAAACUACUAUAGCCCUGAAGGACCUUUGAGUGGUUCCACGUUCACUGAUUCAUCGAAUUAUGGGUCAAGAGGAGCAGCACGAGUACCUGUUCCCCGACCCAGAGAGAACCAGCCACCCCGUCGAGUGGAUCUUUCCAGAGGUCAUAGUGCUGGAUUUGAGGGUUUGCAAGCUGAAGAGUGUGGAAUCCUGAACGGCUGUGAAAACGGCCGCUGUGUCCGUGUGAAAGAAGGCUACACCUGUGACUGCUUUGACGGCUAUGAGCUUAAUCUAAACAAGAUGGCGUGUAUUGAUAUUAACGAAUGUGAGGAUAUCAGUGACAGUGUGGAGCUGUGUAAGAACGGAGUGUGUUCCAACACUGAGGGCUCAUACAAAUGCACCUGCCUGCCAGGCUUCCUGGCUUCUUCCAAACCACACGAGUGCAUCCCAGAGGACCCGGACUCAGUCCCCAGCACAGGGGAAAAGUAAUGCACUCCUCUGUCCUCCCUCUUUUUCCAUCACCCCUCUGAAGGACUGACUAAAUCUGCAUCAGAAAAGCUGAACCAGCUGAGCUAUCAACCCCCAUCACCAAGUAAAACCAGUGCAAACUAUCACAUGAUAAAAAUGAUACACAGCUUUCUUACUGUUUGUAUGAGGUAAAUUCAGGCUCAGACUUUUGGUUCGAAGCUUCACUGAUGGAAUUUGGAAAUUUUGUACAGAUCAAGUACUAUGUAUGUAUUUAAAUUGCUUUGUUUUAUAUUUGAAUAAACACA